AAAAGGAAGCAAUCAAAUAUGAGUAGUCUUUGAAUUGGAACCAAUUUUAUUCCAAUAAACGUAAAUAUUUUGAAGAAUGUUUGAUACUUACUUAGGUAAAUAAUCGAUUAUAGUGAUUGAUCAAAAUUUGAAUGUUUUUAUUUGCGAAACGAAUGUAUGUACUACCAUUCCAAAAAUAAAUUCACAUUUGUUAAAUCACAAUCGCUGACCGCUUCACAAAUUCGGUGAAAAUAAGUCAAUAAAUAAAUAAUUGACUAAAAUGUGUCAAAAUGUACAAUAUUUUUUCUAUUGAUUUAAUUAAUCUGUGCAUUUUAUGUCAUAUCCAUAAGAAAGGUGAUUGGAUUUAUAAUUAAUUGAUAGGUGUCAGAAUAAAAUUUAUAAGAUGUAAUUAGCAAGUUAACGUCUGAAUUUAGUCGAGUUGCGUCAUACAAAUUAACUAAAUUUACCUAUUUUCUUCUUUUACCAUUUGGUUUUAUUAAAGUGUACAUAGCGUAUAUACAUAUACAAAUAAUGAUAAAGAAAUAACAAUAAAGUUGUACGUUAAUGGUCACAUGCUCGGAAUCACAUCUAUACUGCCGACGAUUUCGUAUAAAUAUGGUAAAAAUCACACUUUUCAAUCAUUCGGUCUUGAGAUAUUCAAGUGAACAACACAACAUUGAUACAUUGGAUAUUCAAAUCAGGAAUUUGUAAAAUUAAAAAAGAAAAAAUAUUUUACAGUCAACGCAAUCAGGAGAAGAUUAUUUUUAAAAAUUCUACACCGAGAAUUUUUCCGAAUUUAUUUUUUAAAACUUCAACUAAACAUGGAAAUUAUGAAAUACCAAAUGGCUUCAAAAAUUAUUUUCGUGUUAUUAACAAGCAUAAUUAUGAGGGUUUGUUCAAGAAUUUUACCUGAAUCGUCUUCGGUUGAUAUUGUUUUCAUUGCACCAGCCGAACAUCAAGUGAACUUUUUACCAUUUACUGGGAAUUUCGAUGCAGUACACACAAAUUCACACAAUCGUCAAAAGCGUGCAGCAUACGAUCCUUAUGAUGCAUAUUAUUUCUACCCGAAGAGCCUGAAUCAACAACGACCAUCGACAUAUGAUCGUCCAGAUGCCGAUGAUUCAUUCAUCAACCGACGUGAUACCGAUGAUUCGAAUCGUAUUGAAGGAAAAAAUGUACAAAAAUAUAAAUAUACUCCGUUGUUUCAAUACAAAUCAACUCAAUCACGGCGCCGAAAAUUGUUUGUUCCAAAUUUGUUCGGUUAGGACCCAUCCUUAUUUCCCAAAAUAACAAAUAAUCAGUGAAUUUCAAAAAAACAGAAGCAUCGUUAAUAUUUUCUGAGUAAACAAAAAACAUAUGAAAAUUUGUGAAAGUUCAUCGCAAAUUUAGCGUGAUGUUUUGUUUGUUAAAUUUGUGAUAGUUAAUAAUUGGCCUUCAAUUACGUUAUUUGUACGAGAAAAUCUAUUUUACUAUUACUUAUUACAUAUAGACUAAGAU